GUAAUUUUAAUCCAUGCUGGCGCGAACUACAGAAGGGAAAUAAUAUCGUACACUUAGGCAAGUGUCGAAGAAGACGUUUUCAUUUUAUAAUGUUAAUAUGGCAGAAGAAUAUAAAAAAUCUAGGUUUAAAAGAAAAAAGCUGUUUAACGAUUCUUGCCUAACAGAACUGGUAACCUACAAUAAAUCGUCUGAGAGCUGCGAAGUAACAAAUAGGUCUGCUGUUCACGCACAUGAAUGGUGGGUCAGGGAUGACUUGUCUGGGGAACAACGUUUGUGGACCUUUUCUCUAAAAUCUGCUCUACAGUGUUUUGAAUCAGAGUCAUGGGGUCCAGUUCCAGAACUUCCAGCGGCCAUAAUAACAUCCAGUAAGCCCAAGCCUAGUGAAUGGAGAUGGUGCAACCCCAGUGAAGAAGUGAUUCCAUUUCCCGAGUCGUCUCCUCCCCCAUGUCCUCCCGUGGUUUUCCUUUCUCCUCCCCCUGACUCUCUCCAUCUCAGCCCGUCUCUAGAGAGGACUCUAGAUGCUCCAGCAGAGUCGAGGAAGACAUUGUCCACCCUUGGUCUUCCAAAACAUACACCAUGUCAGCAGUAUUUGCCAGGAGAGGGCACAAGUAGCACCGGGCAAGGCCACUCCUCCAGGGACAAUAGUAGCAAAGAAAGGGGACCCAAGACCACCUUUAAAGUGAGAGGAGACAAAAAAGACACCAUGGCAAAAACAGGACCCCUCACAUUGCAGCACAACACAGUCUAUGCACGCUCCGCAUCACUCCCUGAAAGUCAUCAUCCCUCCACACAGCAAUGGAUGAGAGGUUCAUUACCAGGAUCCAGGAGCGAUGAAAAAAAGGUGGAGGAAGAGAAGGAACAGGGGAGUCUGAUCAAAAGGCAGCUACCUGCACACCGGGCGGAAGCCUCUGACAGCUGCACUGCCACUAUGAGGGUGGAGGAGAUGAGGAGGAAAGGGGAGAAGGAGGGGGUGGUGUCUGGGAGCUGUGGAGUUGAUCCUGGUAGGGGUACGGCAAGUGAAGAAGCAGCAGGAGGAGGAGGCAUACAGAGUUGUCCCAUGUGUCUGGUGGUGUUCCCUGCUGGGUUCACUCAAAUGGACUGUGACGGCCAUCUUGCCCAGUGUCUGUCUGAGAUGAAUGUCGACAUGGCAUGGUGAUCCAUAUGGUCUCCACUGUGCUUCAGUGGACCUCCCAAGGUUACAUUUAUUCAAUUGGAGACUGGCUCCACCAAAUCCAUUU